CCUGGAAGAAAGGCACCCCCAUUUUAAUUUUAUAUCCCCAUUUCUAAACCGCUCAUGCAUGUCCUUUGUCAACAAUAGAUCACUAAAAAUAAGUGCAUUAUCAUCAUCUCGCCAUCAAGAUUGAUUCUGAUUGAAUUUUUGAUGUUGUGCUGAUAAUGAAGGACAGUACAAUGUCGAUGCCAGAGCCUCAAGAAGAAGAGAGCAGCCCCUCCCAAAAUAUGCAGAUGGAGCUGCACAGCAAAGGAGCUGUUCUGACCAAAGCCUGGUCUGACUUGUUUAGCUUUAUUUCAAAGUAUCAAGCAGAGCUGACAGUGAAGGAAAAUGCUGUUGAAAUUGCUGAACGGGAGAUUGAUGUGCGUAAAAGACAGUUAGAUGAAAUGAAGCCGAUGGUGGAUGCAGGGAAUGAAGAGGUAGAAAAAUUACAAGAAGAGAUUCGAACCAAGGAAAGACUGCUGAGCAAAUCACAAUCAGAACUUUGUGUGAAAGAACAGAUGUUACGAAGUGUGCAAUCAGACCUGACCUGCAACAUGGAACUUUUAGAAAAAGCCAGAUGUGAUCUUUUAGAUAGACAAUCAGAACUUGUGCGCAACAGGGGAGACUUAGAACGCUUAAAAUCAGAAUUGACUAUAAAACAGGAACAAAUUCAAAUAAAGGACAAUUUAUUGAGAAAGUUACAAAAUCAGUUGAUGAAAGAAAAUGCUGAACUGAAGGAACAGUUGGAGCUGAAUGAAAGAACCCUCGAAAUGGAACGAAGAUCCCAUGAAAUGACCAAGAGAACACUUAGAGAAAAAUCCAAACCAUCUGCAAGUGCUGUGCAGUCUGUGAUAGAGAUUCCAGAUUCCCCGCCAACUUUAGAUCUUUCCGUUGAACAAGAAGAUUACGGCCUCUCAAACAUAAUCUCUGCAGCCGAGGCUCAACGCAAACGCCCUUAUACAAUGGAUCAGGACUUGCCAACCAAACGUUUUCAUUCCUCCACCCAGGACAGUGCCUUGUCUCGCCUUUCAGCUAUGACUUCAGAGAGUUUCACUGACUUUUCAAGAAGUUCUCAACCAAUGACAUCCGGGACAACCUCAACUAAACUACAGUGGUCUAUGCCAUCUCCCACUGCCACUUCACCUCGGCAAGUUUCACAGUCAAGAACACCUACUCAAAUGCCUUCUAGUCCUUCCUUCCAAGAACCAUCCGCACAAAGUGACAGUUUCAAUGUUGCUGCCACAUCUGCCAGUGAUACUUUCUUUCCAUUAAGUGUUUCACAAAGUGAGGAGGACUCGAAAGCAGGUAUUGACGGAUCUGCUGGUGCUAUGUACUACUCGGAUGCUGAAAUGCAGGGUUCGGGACAAUAUAUGCCUGGAACACCUGGAAGUUCUGGGACAAGUGACAGUAAUCAAGGGGGCCCUGUGCCAGUAUCGGGGCCGAUUCCAACUGGAGGAAUUUCACCUGGUGGUGGCAUGUCACCAGGGGGAUCAACACAAGAAGGAGCUGAUGGAAAGGAGCUGCACGUCGACGGCUGCAUUGGAAAAAGGACGGUUAUGAAACGUAAGACGCAGACCUAUCAAGAGAAAUAUGAUAUCAUAAACUUUGCUAAAGAGCAUCCCGGGAUGAAGCAGGUUGCUAUUGCUGCCCAUUUCAACUUAAAGACUAGCACGCUGAAUGAUAUUCUUCGGAAGAAGGACCGCAUUGUCACGCACAUAGAAAAUCCUGACAAAGUUGGCCGUCCGGGUGGAACUGUAAAAAGCGUUAGGAUGAUUACUUAUGCCGAUGUAGAUAUUACUCUCAUAAACUGGUUUCGUGUGGAUGUGUUGCCUGCUGGCAAAACGAUAGAUUCAGAGACACUUCGACGGAAAGCGGAAUAUUUUGCUAGGAAGUUUAACCAUAAGGAGCCACGGAUUUCAUCAAGUUGGAUAGAUCGAUUCAUGAAAAGAUGGGGGAUAGGAAAGGAACUGAAAUCAGAUGCUGCUGGACAGUUGGACACACUGAAUGAUGGUACCCCAGUGAACCUCUCUAGAUUGUCUACGCUGAAUACUGGAAUGUUGAAUGUCCAGCUUAAAAAAGCAUUUCGACGCUUCGAGUGUACAAUCGGUACCUGCAACGCCUUAUUUAUCACUCAAACUGAUCUGAUUCGACACAUUCGCACUCACACUGGAGAAAGACCAUAUGCCUGUAAUCUCUGCGAUAAAAGAUUUAAGCAGCCACAGCAUCUCAAAUCGCAUCAGAAUACUCACACAGGAGCGAAACCAUUUGUGUGUACUACAUGUGGCAACUCAUUUACUCGACGGCACACGUUGAAAAAUCAUAUGUUAUUGUUGCACCAACACGACACCUGAUUACCAAGUAGAUAAUUGUACUUUGUACUGUUUGUAACAAGAUGUUUGGCCUGAAGUCUGAUCACACAUUGUCAGAUCUGUAUCCAUACUGGAGAGAAACCAUUCUCGUGUUACGUGUGUGGGAAAAAAUGUUGAACUACUGGAAACUUGAGGUCGCAUUGGAUAACACACUUGAAGAGACAGCAUCUGAACUAGGUUUCCAGAUGGAACCUUAUCUGGGUCUUAGAAUGUUUAUACUCUUCCAACUAUGAUACUGACAAGAGUGGUCCACUGAUCUGUAAUCAGCGUUGAUAUUUUGUUUGCGAUUUUCAGCAUCAGAAAUUUAAAUUACAGCACACAUGUGGUCGGACAACUUUAAAUGAAUUUCUCUACAGACUUACAAAAAACUUAUAGUUUAUUGGGGGGAAAAUAUGGAAAAUUCUCAUUUCUGUUCUGUUUGUGUAAUUCCAGUUCGAUUUAUGCCAGAGUCCUUCACAGAAAAAUCCUCUGACAUCUUUAGUUUGUGGAGCAGUUUCUACAUCUCUUGAAAGUUCGGAGGAUCGUUGGAAAAACCAGCCUGGAUUUCCAGCUAAGUGUACGACAUGGAAGAG